UGUGUCUGCAAACAAUAAUGUGGCUGAUCAUUGCCAAGGGCUUUGGAAGCCUAGAAGUCAGAAGCUGCACAGCCCACCCCCACACACAUUUGGAGUGUGCACUGAUCUUGCCCUGGUUCCUGGCACCCAUUCAGGCUGAGGUGUCAUUGGGAUCUCAGAUUGCAGCGAGGGGCUGGCAGGCAGCCAGGGGCAGUCUAUUUAAAAGACAUGCCUGCUCGGCACUAUUCAGUCUCUUUAGAAACUUCUCCAGGGGAAAAGUGUUGGGAGAUCUACAAAGUGGAAUUCUUUUUUUUUCUCCUUCUUUUUUUCCCCCUCCUCCCUCCUUCGUUCUCUUUCUACUGCCGACUUUGUAGAAAUCCUCCAACUUUUACAGAAAACCUCUUUGUUGUUCUUAACCCAAUCUAGGAAGAGGAGGAUAAGGGGGGGAGGAAAAAAAUUGCAGCCAGUCCCAUGCUAAAUCUCUUCUUGACAAAGCCCAGCUCUACCUGCUUUAAUGCUACUUCUCUCCAGGCGUUUUUUCAUUUGCUGCAGAUAAUAUCAGGACAGUCGAAAAGAAGCUGAUUCCCUUCUCUGCUUCCUCCUCAGCCUCUCUUGCAGACGUUGCUUUUUUGAGUGAAGCCUGUGGAUUAUUAUUAUUAUUAUUGUACCUCUCGGUGUGCAGCUUCACCAAAGCUCUCCUGGCUCUUCUCUUCCCCCCCUCCUUGACUCCCCAACCCACCCUCCCCAUUUCCAACCUGUUGCAUGCGUAAUUCUUGCAACUGCAGAUUUUGACAGCCAGGUUUUGUUUUUGCAUUCCGAUCUUGAAUCAUUUCUGAGGUGGAAAAGCUCUUUUGGAAUCUAAGGAAGGAGACACUUUUUUUCGUUCUUUCUUUUUGAAAAAGAUUAUUUUCCUAUUUUUUUAUAUAGAAAAAAAUUUUUUUUUGCAAAAGAAAUAAAAAGAGGACAAUCAAUAUUGCCUUGGGUGCCUGCAACGCUGCAUGCCUGCCUGUGCCUUGAAGAUGCUCGUGACCCAAGUUUUGCUCCUCUGCCUCUGCCUGGGGCUGUCCCAAGGGCUGGGCUCCUUUGUGCACUGUGAACUUUGCGAUGAAAAAGCCCUUUCCAUGUGCCCUCCCAGCCCGGUGGGCUGCGAGUUGGUGAAGGAGCCCGGCUGCGGAUGCUGCAUGACCUGCGCCCUGGCUGAAGGGCAGUCUUGCGGGGUGUACACCGAGCGCUGUGCCCAGGGCAUGCGCUGCUUGCCGCGCCAAGGUGAGGAGAAGCCCUUGCACGCCCUGCUGCACGGCCGAGGGGUCUGCCUCAACGAGAAGAACUACAGGGAGCAAGCCAAGAACGAAAGAGAAUCCCGAGAGCAUGAGGACCCAACCACCUCAGAAAUGGCAGAGGAGACCUACCCUUCCAAACCGCACAGGAACAAGGGACACGUGCGCCUCCCUGAGUCCAAGGUAGAGGCCCUGAGGAAGGAUCGCAGGAAGAAGCUGACUUCAUCCAAGUUCGUUGGUGGGGCAGAAAACACGGCACACCCUCGCGUUGCUGCCCCUGAGCUGAGGCCAGAGUUUGAACUGGGCCCUUGCCGUAGACAGAUGGAGGCAUCGCUGCAGGAGCUCAAAUCAAGCCAGCGCAUGAUCCCCCGUGCCGUCCACCUUCCCAACUGUGACAGGAAAGGCUUCUACAAGAGGAAACAGUGCAAGCCAUCUCGGGGCCGAAAACGUGGACUGUGUUGGUGCGUGGAUAAGUACGGACUGAAGCUGCCGGGAACGGAUUACGUAGCCGGAGACCUCCAGUGUCACAACUUUGACAGUGGCAACACUGAGUGAAUUAUCCUUCUUUGCCACUCCCUGCCAGAGCCCUUUCCCCCACCCACCCACCCAUUACCCACCCACACCUCACGACGUGCCCAGGAGACUGAUUCCUUUCAUCUCAUUUUAAGAAACUGAGGACCUCGGAAUCUACGGUUAUUAUCAUCAACUUCUCUCAAUGGCAAUGGCAGAGACUAAAGAAGAAAAGGCAACACUUUGAAGCCAAAUAAAUGGAUAAAUAGAGAAGGAAGGAAGGAAGGAAGGAGGCAGAAGAUGAAGAUGACAAGGCAGCCACCACCUCCCUUGGGACAUGGCUCUAAGAUAACUCUGUAGGCCACCAUGCUUGAAAGUAUUGUCAUCCAGCCGCCCAGACAGCACCAAUGUAGGAAGCUCUCCGAAGCACUUGAAUUUUGUUUUUGUUUUCUUCCCCUCCCCCCUUUUUUACUAUAGUGGGUUUGAAACCUUAAGAUUUUGGGAAGUACUUAGUUUAACCAGCAGAAUCCUAGGACAAGCAGGCCACUCACUAUUUCAAUCCACACACACAUAAUAUAUAUAUUCUGUCAAGGUUCUUUUUUCAAUGUUGUCAUUUCUCUACUCCUUCCCCCAGGGCUAAGGUUUUAUUUGCUCUCUCUCCCUUAUUUCAUUUUCAAAUAAAAAUCAAAUGGAUCAGAGAACAUCAGAAUCUACAGCAGGGUGAAGUGAAACCAUUGGUUAAAAAUCAAAAUUCUUCAGGUCCUGCUGGGACUGUUUCCCUGGGCAGUUAAGUAAGAGGUUUGACCUGAUUAUUUGAGGUGUCAUUGUCCAUCCCUCUCCUGUGUAAAUACAGCUGUGGUGCACAUGUUUACUCUUUGUUGAACAAGUCCCCUUUCUUCCAAGAAGAGUCCUUUGACCUCCAAUCAUGUAAGAAGCCCCACAAACCUCUAUGCAGUUUCUUGUGUAAGUCAAAGGCAUUCAGGUUUGUGUAUUUGCAGGAUCAUGACCCAAGCUGAAGCAAUAGCAUGUCAGGUAUCCUGCAGGCACUUAAAGCAUAUUUUUCUUGUUGUCAAUUAUGUAAACCGACCUGUGGAUAUCCACACAAUGCUGAGCAAUCAUUGCCCUGAGCAAGGACAAUACGAAGGAGUUAAAACAUGAUUCAUAAAAUCAUGCACACUAGAUUUGUAAAUCUAGUCCACAGAUAAGGAAACUAUUUUGCCAUCUUUCAAUGUCUACAAAGUGGCUGAGAGUAGGUUGAGACCUUUUUUUCCUGAAAGAGACUCUGAAAUUGCUGCAUGGCGGGCAGAAGUUCAGUACAUAUUAAUUUGUCCCCAUAAGUGCAUCUUUUGUGCUGGAAAAAAGCUGCACCUGCUUAAUUUCUGCCUGUUGUGCUGCUGUCAGUCUCCGCCAGGAAAGAAGAAGCUAUGCAAACAAAUAAAAAAAUCAGAAUACAAUAAUUUGACAACUUUCACGUCCAAGCUUGGGCAUGCCACUAAAGCCAUUUAAAAAAAUAUAUAUUGUUUAACAUUUUUUAAGCUCCUCAGUAUGUCUCCAUGGACAUUGCCAUGACAAGGAUCUUUCCUAUACUCAGGAUGGUGAAUGAGAAUGCAAGAAAAUGACAAGAGGGAGAGAGAGAAAGGAUUACCCAUCCAAAGUCACUAGCAUUAGGGGAAAAUCACCAAAAUAGUAGCCAUUCAGAAACAUGCAAUCCACUUGAGGGUGCAAAAGAAAUGAAACCCAUGGUGAUUUCCUGGAGGAGGACACAAAGGAGUCGAGGACACUGGUGUGGUGGGCUGCAAGCACUUCUGGACAACAUGCUAAUCAGAAGCAUGGAGAGAGACAGAGAGAGGACCGGGGUUUUUGCUUGCAGGCAGAUGAGAAAGGCCACACUGCCUGCUGAGCGUCAGAAAAGAGCGCUGUUGGUAGGAGAACCAGGAGGACACCCACAACAUGCUACAUGCACUACUAAGCACAGAAGAAAGGGAAAUGAGGGAUCGUCCUGGCAGAAUGGCUACGGCAUGAAAGUGACUGUGGUGGGUUUUUCUUCUAUCACCCCCUUCACUGCCAGCAGUGUUCAGAUCAGCUCCAGAACAAAGAUGAAAGCCAACAAACCAUUGGGGUCUUCCCAGAGAUGUGAGAACUGGCCAUGAAAAUCUGGAUCAGGGAAUCCACAGAUUGGCUCUAUGGAGAUUUGAUUUGUCUUCUAUAGAAGAGAGCAGGGUGGGGAGAUUUCUCCACAUUUCUGUGUGCAAACACCCAUUCUUUUGUGCAGAGACAAGGAAAUAUGGAGAUGGAAACACACACACACACACAUCCUUCCAAGGUAAAAAGUCUAAUCAUCUGGGUGGAAUUCCUGCCCCAAAAUCCAACAUUGCAAACAAAGCCCACUCCAUCAUUUCAGCUCCAUCUUUGAUCCAGAUUUUCUGGAAAGUGUAAAUGACUGCUAGAUAUUCCAGUUAUCCCCUCCCCUGGGCUUUGGCAGCAGUGGUGAGACUUUUACCCUUUCUCCUCCGAAUCAAAGCUAAACCCACCACAAGCUCCUGUGUAACAGAAGGCCGAACUGUGCUUUGACUGGAACAUUUGUUAUCACAAUGGGUGAGCCUAAGUCCCAUUUUCCCCACAACCCUGAUUUAGCAUGUGGAAAGGUAGAAAAGCCUUGUUGUUUACUACCUGCAUUUGGGUUGGAUUAUUUGGCUGUGCCUCUUUCCUAAACUGGAUAAGUCCUUGGAUGCUCUGCUGACAAUGCAACCUGAACAAUAUACCCCUAGUUAGGUAGCUCUUUCCCAGUUCCCUGGCAACAAGAUCAUCUAUGUCAGUCAAGAGAGCUUGUAGGACAGAAGGAGAAUCAUGGUCCCUUUCAGAAAUUCUGUACUUACCAAGGUGGUAUAAUUGUGCUUCUGUGUCAACAAGUGUGUGAACUGGGUAAGGGAGCAAAUCUGUGGUAAUGAUGGAAAGGAGGGGCAGUGCCCUUGUUGCCUUGCUAUAGGCGACCUGAGAUGCUCCCCCCCCCCAAGCAAUGGCCAUAAUCCUGAUCUCCAUGAAAGACACCCGUGUGCAACAUUUGGGCUGUCCCUGAUGUCUUCUACAAAGUAGAAGGACAGAAAUUGUUUAAGCAUUUCUUCUCAGGCUUUCAACAUGGUUCAUUUCUUUGGGCUGAUAAAUCACUUGUAUUGGGACUUGGUUGGUAAACGAAAGGUCCUGACCGCAUCUGUCCUUCCCCAUAGAAGAUUGUGUGGACAGCCCCAGUGGUGGGCAUUGGUCCCUUAGGUGUUCACACUUGGGAUUAUGGCCAGUAUUCCAAAAGGGGGAGACCUAAGGUAGCACCAAAAAUAAAGUGUAUCUUGAGAACGAACUACCAUAAUGGCCAAGCCAGUAGAUCAGAAAUGGGGAACCUGGAGCUAUCCAGAUGUUGCUGGACUACAACUCCAGUCAUCUCUGACUGUUGGCCAGGCUGGCUGAAGCUAAUGGGAACUGGAGGCCAGCAGCAACUGGAGGGCUGCAUGGUCCCUGUCCUUGCAACAGAUUAUAUAAGGCUUUAAUCUGGUCCUGACAUUUCCAGGGGUAAUUCAUACAGGAGACUUCUCCAUUCUAGCCAUUACAGAGAGGGACAAAGUGGUCCUAUGAAACCUGGUGAUAUCUAUGCUACAGCAAAGCUCAGCAUUGGCUUCUUAUCUCUUUGGGGGAAAUGAGGUUCAGUAUGAACAAAGGCAAGAGGGAAUUCUGUCAUCUUCCAAAAGUGAGAACUGAAUCCAUUUUGCUUGCUCCAGGGCACGUAUGGUGCACUUUCUCUAGGUCUAAAGAAUACAUGGGAAAGGUCCAUGGUAGAAUGACUAUGGGCUGCAAAGAGGCUGGUGAACUUAAUCCCUUUGGAUUUAAAAACAAAUCUCUAUUGUCAAAAGAAGAUUUACAAGGAGGAAAGGACAGUGGAGCAGAGUGCACAUAUAAUCUACAAAGCAUAUAAAGGGGCAGGAGAUGUGCUGGGCACAUAAGAAAUUAUGGGAAAUUUACACUACAAAGUUAUGCUGAUUUUGUACCAAUUUAAUUGUCAUGGCUUUUGCCAAAGAAGCCUAAGGACUGUUCUUUUCUACAGUCCCUAAGGUUCCCUGAAAGGAGGGAGUGAUUCCUAAAUCAGUGUAAGUGUGUGGUGUAAAUAUAUAUCUUUACAGGGCAAUCCGUAACAUGUCUACUCAGGAAGAAGUCUCAUUGAGAUCAGAGGGACCUAUUCCCAAGUAAAUGGGUAAAGGAUUGCAGCCUUAGUUGCAUAAGAUGAAAGAAUGUUGCUAAAAUCCUUUUCUCUCCCCAAUUGGUAGAGUCAGUCUCUUGGCACUCCUGGACUGGUUUCAACCAAAACCAUCUUUUUUCCUUCCUUCCUUCCUUCCUUCCUUCCUUCCUUCCUUCCUUCCUUCUUGAUAUGUAUUUUUUUAUUAUUUCCUGAAACUUGAAAACCUUUCCCUAUAUAGAAAAUAAGAUCCCUUCUUACUCCGUAAACAGGGCAUGGAGAUACCCACUUCAUCUCCCACUUCUCUUGGACACACACACACACAGUCACAGAGUACAGAUAUUGCAAGCAGGUGAGGGGGUUUGGAGUACAUAAUAUUCCCACCUAACUGCCAACUCAUAUUGUAAAAGGAUUUUCUCAUAAGCUCAAAGGAUGCCUUUGAGGACAGUUCCAUUACUUGGUUGCAAACUUUGCUGGCUACUGCAGUAGCAGAAACCAUUCCAAGUGCAUUGACCACAGCUGAUUUUCCAGGAGAGAGCACAUCUUUCAUCCUUGCUGCUUAAGUAUGGAGAACCCAAAGCUGAUGUAGACUUUCACCAUUAGAAGAUCAACCUUCAUGGAUUUCUUAAAGCAGCACUCAAAAUCUCAGCUGAAAGGCAGGGAAGCAUCUGCCCCAGUCUCAGUCCUACAAAGCCAGUGCUUUUCUUUUUGGUUAAAAAAAAUAUGAGGUGCUAGUACCCAUACAUAGAUAAAAGUCCAUGGGCAGCCCCCCCCCAAAAAAGGUGUCAGUACUCUGUACUAGUGAAUACUGUCACAAAAAGUUCACAGUGUUCUCCGGGAGGAAGGGUUUUUAAAAAUAACACAACCCCUUUUCCUGACAGGCCCUGCAGAGCAGACUAGGGAAUCUUCCCAAACCUGAGUGUCACUUCCAUCAAAGGGAGAGCUCCCCAAGAGCCAUGCUCCCAUCAAAAGUGCUAAACUUGCCACCCUGGACCUUAAAAGUGGGUUGACAUUUUUAUGUGCCCUCAAGAGGCCUCGUGAUAACCACUGGCAUGACCUUUGCAGAGUUUGUAUGAUCACCUUUGCAUGAUCACCUCCUAAGAGCAGAGGGGAAACUGUGUUUGCAAACAGGCUGGUGACAACAUUUGGGAAGACCAAAGUCUGUAGAACAUGGCUAGAAAUAGGACUGAGAACUUGGGCUACUUUAUUCAUCAUAUUCAUUCAUUCAUACCUAACAACAAACCUUCACAAUCCUAUAACUGUCAAAGGCAGAGGAACCUCUUUCCAACCUGUAGAUGCCAAGGCACUAUAGCAUAAGAGACUAUGGGGAAACAAAACCUGUUAGAACUGCUGCCGGCUUUAGAAGAAAAGUCCUGAAUCUCAUUACUCUAAUAGCACCUGCUAUUAGAAUAAGUCUUUGUUCUUUACCCCUCCUACUAGUCCUUCAUUUCUAUUAGCCUUUUGUGUUACAUUGGUUACAGUGCCAAUUUCUGGCAAGCCAUUCUCAAUAAUCUCCCCCAACCAUAAGCUACUGGUGAGUGACUCACACAACCCGCCAUGUUUUUUGACGCGUGCUCAAUUCCAUUAUGUUAUAAGCUUUAAAGAUGGCAUAUUUGCCAUUGAAUGCACAGAUUUCCCUCCUUCCCUUUGGCUGGCGACUCUGUGCCUGAAUCGCUUUUCCUCUUCAGUUACCCAUGAUCCCCCAUAAAGACUCCAGCUGCCAUUGGUAGGAGAUGAAAGUUAUGCCACCUCAAGAGGAGGAUACUGUCUCCAUUGUUGACCAAGGAGAAAAGGCUCGCCCAGUUUACUUCAUUUAAGAAAGAGCUUUCCAGCCAGAGUAGUGAAUCAGGGUGGGAGGUGAUGAGAAAAAAGAUUUAAAAGACAACGCGGUGGGGGAGUCCCCUUCAGAGACAUUGAUCUCAAAGACUGUGCACAGGGAAAGUGUGGAGAACGUUUUGGAGGCAAUUGGUGAGAUACCUUUCAUCUCCAAAGCAGCUUUCACUUUCGACCUUUGUGAGUGGGAUUCAGGAGCAUAUAGAGAUCUUUAAAGUCUUAGAAGGUCCCACUGCAGCUGAUGCAGGUCACAUGCAUAUCCUAUGUUUGAAUCACAUGGCUUCCUGCAAUCCUGGGAAUGAGAGUUUCUUGCUCUCAGAGCUGCAAUUCCUAGCACUCAACUCUCUUGGGGGGUGGGGAGGAAACCACAGGCUUUAGACAUGGUUUAAAUAUACGGUGUGGAUGUCACCAUAGCCUACGAACGACAAUAUCCAGGGGAGCAAAGACCUCCUUUCAAGCUGAGAUAUUCCUUGUCACUGUUGCAGAGGACAGUUUUAUUUUGAAACCACUAGUACAAGAGCAUAUUGCACUAUUUCUCCACUUCAUCUCUCUCUCUCUCUCUCUCUCUCUCUCUCUCUCUCUCUCUCUUUCUGUCUUUCAACAGAGCAUCUAUAACUUCAGCAGUUGACAGGUCACUGCAGUCCCAGGCCACCUUCCUGGUAUGAGCAUCCCAGAUAAUGCCCAGGGAGGAGAGGGGGGCUUGCAGCACUCCCAACUUCCAACUCCAUCCACUCUCAGCCCCUCCCACAACACCACUGGGACAGCUCUUCUACAAUGCAGUUAUUGCCCUCAGUAGCACAGUUAACAAUACACACAUGAUUCCGAGUAUCCUACCUGGUUUUUAAUCAUUACGCAGAAUUAUUCACUACACAUUUUACGGUAGCUUUUAAUAGCUUUACAUACAUACAGUAGCUCUGUGGAUAUUUUUUUUUUCUUUUGCAGUAAACAAAAAAUAUUCAUACUCUUACCGGUGGGGGGCGGGGGGGAGCAGUUUGUGAAAAAACUGACAAUGGAUGAGGAGUGUAAUUGCUCUGUUUAGCAUUUUGUACUUUAAAAAAAAAGAAUCUCACAUUUUAUUAAAAAGUGAAGAUUGCUGUAUACUAUUUAUUCAACUUAUAAUUUAUGUUACUCUUUGAUCUUUGUCUUUUCUUAUGACAAAGCAUUUAUUUAAUAAAGUUAUGCAUUCAGUUA